UUGUCCCCGCAGCAACACCUCAAACGCCCCGCUUGGGAGCAACGAUGCGCUGAGCUCGCCCGACAGAUUGCGGUUGGAAAGAAGCACGCAGCACGAACCAGCGCUUUCAACAGGUGUCAGAAUGGUUGAGGCGGACGAUAUCCAGAAGCUCCUGCAAACAGGAUCGUGGAAAACCUCGACGUCGCGGGCGAGGAGCCCCAAACCCCCCAAGCCUUAUGAGAUAUCUGAGACGGCCCCCCAGCCGUCCAGGUCUCGGCCGACUGCCAGAGGGCCGCGGCCAUUUCAGCCAGAAUCGCGCGUCAAGAGGCCACCCCCGCCUUUGGUUGAGGAUGAAGCCGCAUCCUUGGCCAAAGAACACGGCGACUCGGUCGUGUCGGGUCCAUCCGAGGAGGACCCCAAACAUCCCGGCGAUGUUGACCAAUAUCCGAUUCUUUUAGAGGUCCACGAGUUCAACCCCGAACGCCGCUUUGUCAUUCUCACGGGCAACGAAACCGACGGCGAGCAGGCCAGAGAUGACAGCAGCCUCGGUUCUACCAACACGACCCGGCCAUCGCAGCCCCCAAACGGCCCCGGUACAACCGAGUACGAAGCCAACACGUGCCGACAAUAUGUCCUUGUAUCGCCAGACGAGGGGCCCACGUUGUCCAAGCGGAAGAGCCACCAAGAUCUCCCGCGUCUCGAGACAAAUCUUAACGGCCCUGACGCUCCAAUUCGGCGCUCGAAUAGCCGGCGAGACAGGGACAAGGUACUUGUUGACCAAGCCCCUCGAGACAGCCCCAGCCGCCGCGAUAACGUAAAACCGUCCGAGGAUGCAUUCCUUACUCCCGUCUACAAGCAUACCGCGGGUGGUCGCGACCGGGCCUACUGGGAUUUCAAUUCAGCAGCUGGUCGGUCGCCCGGUCGUAGUCCGUCAGCAAAAGGGGAGCCGCAGCUGGCUACAUCUGACGACAGGCGCUCCAAGUUAUCCACGUCUAGCCAGUCGACGAACCAGCCGUCGCUCCACAGACGCGUCUCGUCGGCUUCGGCGCCAAAACGCCAUGCCCGGACGCCCGAGAGACCAAACCAUUCUGUCGAUAGUUUCCCGCCGCCUCCCGCAGACCCCAACGACGGCCGAGGCCGAGGGGAGAAAAAGAGCAAAGCCGAGAGGCCAAACUCUUUUAUUGAUUUUCCGCCCCAGGGUGGCUAUGCCCCCGAAGAUAUCUUUGAUUUCAUGAUGCCGGGUAACGAUCUCCCUCCUCGAGGAGAGAGAAGACAUCGCUCCCCGCCGAGGGGACCUCGGAGCAGUAACUCUCCCCCAUAUCCCCAGUCGGCGUCGAGCAAGUUGCCCAGCCGAUCUGGAAGCUAUAGAGGCCAGCGCCAGUCUUCGUCUCGUGAAAAAGAUGAGGAUUAUUCCACAGACGACGCCAAAAACCAGCGUGGCAGCCAACCGAGCCGUUCAUACCCACGUCGGACCGCGCUGGAACCCGAGACAUCUUCUCUUCUUGCACCUGAACAGUCCCGGCCAUCUGGAAGUAGCAGGUCUAAAGCCAAGCCUUCCUCGCCGCUACCUUCACCUCGGGCUUCGCAAGGAUCCCUGUUCCCAGAUGCAUCGCCCUUGCCCAUCCCAAGGAGUCCGAGGAGUCCGAGAAGCUCAACAUUCCCGGUUGAUAAGAAUAAGAGAUACAACGAACGUUCGAUUUCCCCAUCUGCGAUAGCCAGCAAGUCUCCGCCGAAAACAAAAGGCGCCAGCUCCGCGGCUAGCAGUUUGGCCUCGCUCCCGAUUCCGAUUCCUCUGAACUUGGAUCGGAAUAGCUCGGCUGAAAGAAGACUAGCACCGUCCUCGACUGCUUCGUAUCCGAGGCAGGACUCUCUAGAUGUCAGCUCUCCAACCCCGUACUGGCAGCCAGCCCCAUUUCGCCCAGCCGAGCAUAGAGCCACUCUGGACAGGCCUAUCGUUUCAUUGCGGCGAUACUCGGAAGAUGUACAAAAGGGUCUCGUCCCGCAGCUGCCCGACUGCCGCUGGAAGUCACCGAACAAAACCAGCAGCGCCCAGUUUCUGACACUCCCACGAGCCGAUAACUUCAACAUCUGCACCGAAUGUUACGAUGCUGUGUUUGCCAACACGAAGUACCAGAAGAUGCUGGUACCCGCUUCCAGACCUGCUGAUCAGCUCCUCUCGUGUAACUUUGGCUCCUCGUUCUGGUACCGCAUCGCAUACCUCAUGACGGUCAAAUAUGGGUAUUCAGACUUGGGUCUCUUAGAGGAUAUCGCUACGGUUACUGGACGCCACCAGCCAUGCGCCGGGCCCCUGCCUGCGACUCGCGUCUGGUAUAGCAUGAUGGCACCAAACGCGAGGCGGUCGAUGCCCAUCUCAAGCUUCAAUGUCUGCUCCAGCUGCUCCAAAAUGGUCCUGGCCCUCUUCCCUAACCUGGCGGGGGCCUUUGUGCUGUUGGAUCCGCACGCAGAGGCGACUAGGGACAUUUGCGAGCUCCAUUUCACACCAGAACGUAAACGCUUCCUCGAGUACUUUGAUCUGCUUGAGACGGCAUCGGACCGAUCACUCAGUCGCAGAAUCGAACCAGAUCUCCUAGAACUAGCCGACCGCAUCCGGGUCAUUUCCCUGACUGACGAGUGCAGACGGAAUAUCCCCAUCGCAAAUCGUAAGUGGUACGUGAUGGAGAGCCUACCCGAAUUCAGCGUGUGCGAGGAAUGUUUCGACUCAGUGGUCUGGCCACUUCUCGAGGAUGAAGACUGCGGUGACAUUCCACCCAACUUUUACAAAAGCCGCCAGACCAGAGCGAUUGCUGCUUGCCAGCUCUACAGCGAUCGCAUGCGGGAUGUGUUCCGCAAAGCAUGUUAUCGGAAUGACAUGGACUACCUAGAGUCUAAGCUAAAGGAGAAGCUGAAGCUCGAGUCCGAGAUCAGAGCCAAAUAUGCCGACCUGGCCAAGCAAGACCAGAAUGAUCCGUGGGUUAGGGGGGAGAUGGCAAGUCUGAUCAGGCAGAUGAAAGAUAUCGAGUAGAGGGCGGUGUGGCGAUAUACCCAUACUCGUGGCUUCCUGAACUAUACUGUUUGAGUACUCUGUACCAGCGAAUUGUAUAGCACAAUGUUAGAAGCGAGGCAACA